UUCACGUCGUCGCUCGUGUUUUUAGAAAUUUUUAGUAAAUAAAUCAAAAAAUGCCCAAAAAGAAGACUGGACAGCGCAAAAAAGCUGAAAAACAGAAACUUCGACAGAAGGAGAUCCGAAACAAAGAAUCCGAUGUCGCAGAUCAUCCUUGCAAUGCCACAAUGGAAUGCGAUAAGUGCCAACGCAAACAAAAAUCCCGAGCCUUUUGUUACUUUUGUCAAUCCACGCAAAAACUCCCAAUUUGCGCGCAAUGCGGCAAAAUCAAGUGCAUGGCUAAAGGAGGCGAUUGCAUCGUUCGACACGCAGGCAAUUUCGUGACGGGCAUGUCGAUGGUAGGAGCAAUUUGUGACUUUUGCGAAGCCUGGAUCUGUCACGGGCGGAAAUGUCUUCAGUCGCAUGCGUGUGCCUGUCCUUUAAGAGAUGCCGUUUGCGUUGAAUGCGAACGUGAUAUUUGGAGUCACGGCGGGCGGAUGUUCAAAUGUUGCUUUUGCAACUCGUUCUUGUGCGAAGACGACCAAUUUGAGCAUCAAGCGUCGUGUCAAGUGCUCGAAAGUGAGGAUUACAAGUGCAAAUCGUGCAACAAGCUCGGACAAUAUUCCUGUUUGCGGUGCAAAGUGUGCUACUGUGACGAGCACAUUAAGCGGAAAGGAUUCAAAUAUGACAAAAAUAAGCCGCCGCCAUGCCCGAAAUGCAAUUAUGAGACGUCGCAAACGAAAGAUUUGUCAAUGUCGACGAGAAGUCACAAAUUUGGACGACAAACGAUCGAAAAUUAUAGCGACGACGACGAUUACGAAGGAGCGAGUGGGUAUGGAUAUUAUGGAGGCUACGGAGGCGGAAGCGGGGGUCAAACGAGUUAUGGCAACGAUGAUGAUGAUGAUGAGUCCGACGAAGAUUACGAGGAUGACGACGACGAUGAUGAUGAUGAAGAUGAUGACGACGAUGAAGAAGAAGACUCUCAGGAGUCGGAGUCGGAAAAGACCAAGAAAUAAAAAAAAUUGGUAUUCAAAAAAAAUUUUUUUUUGUUAUAGGAAAAAAUGAAAUAAAUUGAAAAAAUUAAAAAUUUUAACAAAAUUAAUGAAAAUCAAGGUAAAACGAGGUUCAAAAACCGAUCAGUAGACAACGUGCAUAGAAAACGGGAUAAAACCCGUUCCCAUUUGUCCCUGAAAAUGCACACUUACCUCUUCAAAUGAGCAAAUAAGGUGAUUUUUUUACGUCUCAUAAAAUUCUAUUUAUUUGUCUGACCCAUAAAAAAUUAAUAGAAUAUUUCUGCA